AAAGUCAGCUGACUCCGGCCACAAACAGGAAGUCACGUUCAACCAAACUGCCUACAGAGAAAGAGCCGACUCGUUUUCGUUUCGCACACAGAAGAAGAAGAAAAAAAGGACUUGGGACUGACAAAGAAUGUUCAGCGGAGACGACGAAGAUGGAGAUUUCCUGUCUCCGUCGGGAGGGGCCAAGCUGGCUUCCCUGUUCGGACUAGACCAGGCGGUCGGUCAGGGGAACGAGUCCUUUCAGUAUACUGCACCCAAACAGCCCCGGAAGAGCUCCAAUCCAGUGUCAGCCACCCAGAAACUACCUCCGACGUCUGCAGCUCCGGCAGUGUUAUUUGCCACAGCGGUCCAAGCCUUCAGAUAUAUUAACGGACAGUAUGUGAAGCAGGGGAAGCUGGGAGCAGCCGCACUGGGCAACCAUACAACAAAAGAGUACAAGCUGCUCCUGUACUUGAGCCAACAGAAACAAGUGACCACCGCCAAGAUUCACACGGGCUUUGUUUUCACGGUACAACCAAACAACUACUACACUUUUUAUGAUGACCAGAGGCAGAACUGGUCCCUGAUGUUUGAAUCGGAGAAAGCUUCCUCAGACUUCUGCAAAGAGGUAUGCUUGGCAAAAGUGAACAGCGCCGCCUCUUUGGAUGCUGUGGUAGUUCAGGAUCUGAAUCCCGGGGAGGGCCAGGAGGUGGAGAACGGAGACUCCCUGGAGGUGGUGUACACAGGCUGGCUCCUGCAGAACCAUACCAUCGGCCAGAUGUUUGACUCCAACCAGAACAAAGACAAGCUGCUCCGACUGAAAAUCGGAGCUGGGAAAGUGAUCAAAGGCUGGGAGGAAGGGAUGCUGGGGAUGAAGAAGACAGGCCGCCGUCUCAUUGUCGUCCCUCCACACCUUGCUUAUGGAUCCAAGGGAGUCCCCAACCGCAUUCCGGCAAACAGCACUCUUAUUUUUGAAGCAGAACUUCGUCGGGUGAAGUUUUCCAAGGACAGUGGCUCUGACCGGGCCAGUGCCAGCUCCAGAGACUCUGCUGCUCCUUCCCCGGCCCCCAGCGUGGAGAAUCUGACGUCAGAGCCUGCAGUACAGACAACCGCCCCAAGCACAGGCAGACCAGGGGAGCCACCACUUCGUGCAAAGUCAAACUCUCUCAGUGAACAGCUGGCCAAUCCAGAUGCCACUAAAGCCAAGCUGAUUUCUCGCAUGGCAAAGAUGGGCCAGCCCAUGUUGCCCUUUCUGACAGGAGUGACCAGCCAGCCGGAAUCCAGUGACUCCGAGCUCGAGGACACCAGUGGCAUCAGAGUGAAGGAUCAGCCUGUAGCUUCAUCUCCAGUGCAGAUCUCCAAUGCAGCUCCAGCUUCAGCACACGUACAUCCGCAUCCUCACACUGCUCCACCUUCUAGCUUAGUUCCUAUUAUGAGCACUGUCGCCCCACAGCCGGGGCUGCCAGGCAGCAGCCACGCCUUUCAGCCGUACUCCUACAUGCAGACCUCUGUGGCCCCAUCUCAGCUGCAGCCUGUACAGACGGUCCCAUACAUGGGCCCCAGUGAUGUGACUUCCUUCUUGAUGACUGAGGCACGACAGCACAACACAGAAAUACGGUUAGCUGUUGGAAAAGUAGCAGAUAAAGUGGAUCAACUCACUUCAAAGAUCGAUGACCUUCAAAGGCAGGGAAGUGUUUCCAUGGGUGUGUCGAGUAUGUCGAUGGAAACCUCCAUGAUCAUGCACAACAUCCAAAGAAUUGUGCAGGAAAAUGAAUGUUUGAAAAAGGAAGUCUUUGAGAAAAGUUCUCGCGUCGAAGAGCAAAACCGAAAGAUCGGGGAGCUCAUCAACCAGAACCAGAGGUACAUGGAGCAGAGCAACAUGCUGCUGGAGCAGAGAAACGACUCCCUGAAGUCGUCCAGUGAACAGAACCAGGCCAGAAUACUCCAGGCCGAGCAGGACAAGGGUCACGCUGCUCACACCACCGUCAGCAGCAGCCCCUCACCCAGACUGUCACCGUUCUGUCACAAUUGUCCGUUUGUGGCCUCUCACCAAUCCCUCUGUCCUCCUUCGCCCCCCGCCCAGGUCCGUCUGACGGAGGAUCUGGCUUCGUCCGUGGCCCGGCUGUCUCAGCUGCAGCUGGAGGCUUCGUCCCACCAGCAGAGGGCUGUGGAGCUGCAGAGUAAACUGGGCUCAGUGUUGCAGGACACUGAGGGCUACUGCCAACGCAUCACAGCCCUGGAAACACAGUUGGAAGAGCUGAAGGAGACCGCAGAGAGGACGCAGGCCCAGUACCGCUCAGAGAGGCAAAAGCGCAAAGAGACGGAGCUGAGGGUUGUCAACAUGGAGGAGGAACUGCAGGACCUUAGGGCUGAUAAAGAAGGUCUGGAACGAACACUUGUGGAGAGGAAAAAGAAGUGGCAGGCGGAGCGGCAGCAACGGGACGAGGAGGUGGAGGAGCUGCGCAAGAGCAGCCAGCAGGAGCUGGACAACGUCCGAGCCCAGCUGCGUAAGGCCAGGACCAGCACUGACAACGCCGCAUCUGAACAGUUGUCUCAGCUGCAGGCAGAGCUUGAGCAGGACUGGAGGGGGAAGUGUGAGCAGAUGUUGACGUCUGCUAAAGAGCAGCACAGGAGAGACGUGGCGGAACUAACAGAGCAGAGGGACGCUCUGCAGGACUCGCUCGCCCAGCUACGGGAAAAGUUCACACUUCUGAAGCAGUCGAGGGAUUCUGAAGAGCAGAUUUCGCUCCAGUACCGCGGGCAGACGGAAGAGCUGCAGGCCCUUCAGGAAAAACACACGGCCUUGGAGCGGCAGGAAGCAGCUGUACGGGAGAAGCUUGAAAGAAAAGUGGCCGAACUGGAGAAGAAACUGGCAGAGCAGGAGAAUUCAGGAGACACUGCAGCAGAGGUGAAGCGCGUGAUGAACGGAGUGUUUCAUUCUCUGCGCGGGGAGUUUGACCUCGGCGAAUCGUACUCGGGCCAGGCCGUGCUGGCGGUGGUUGUCACGACCAUUAAGAAUGUAACUCUGCAGCUGCUCAGCGGCACGCACGAAUCCUCCCUCCCUCAUGAGGAGGAGGAGGAGGAAGAGAAGGAGGAGAAGGAGGAAGAGGCAGAGGAGGAAGAAGAAGAAAGUGAUGAUGUGAAACAUAUGGAGGAGAAACCUCAUCAGAAUGUACACGUGAAUGGAGAAGGACAAGUCGGAGAGGAAGAACAGGAGGAGGAGGAGGAAGAGGAACAAGAGGGGGCUGAGUUGGAUUCUCCCCGAGUCAGUGAGAACCAGAGGGAUCAGGAAGUGUCAGCGCAGGACAAGACAGAGACGGAGUCAAAGACACAAAGCCAGACGGAGGUAUCACAGGCCGCCGAUCUCCAUCCAGUGUCCUUAAGUGAAGUGACGCCACAUGAGACAGCAGCAGCUGAGUGUGAAGGACAGCGCGCGCAGGUGGAACACAGUGUUCCAGAGAGUCCAACAGAGCCGAGAGACGCUGACGCGACUGCAGGUCCAGAGGACAGACAUGAUCGGAGCUCGGCUCCCGUGGAUGGACAGGAAAGUGCCGCGGUGAGCAGGGAGGUGGACGAGGAGAACACGGUCAACGGGGAGCACGGAGGGGAGGUGGCCGCUGCUCCUCAGGAAGCUUUCGGACCGCCGGCCAACCCGCCUCCACCACCAGACGCACUUCAGAGCGGCGCACGCCUGACUGAGGGAACUAGUGAGGAAAAUGGAACAGAGCCAUUUUUCCAGACCCCUUCUCCUGCCAAACCCCCCACAGCGCCCAGCGAGGAGGAAGAGGAGGACGACAUGGGCUUGAAGGGCUGUCCACCGCCCGCCCCUCUGUUCGGAGAGGACGAGGACGACGACGACGAUCUGGACUGGCUGAACUGAUAUUGAACCAGAAUGAUGUAAUUCUGCGUCUUAAUAUUUUGACUCCACGAAACCCGCCGCCGGGUGGUUGACCUGCUCUUCCCGCCCGGUUGAGCAGUGAGGACGACGGCCGGACGGACGGACGGACGGACGGACGGAGCUCCCCCCGUCUCAGCUGCAGCCCGACUCUGGUUUGUGUUGGAACCAGAACACUGUAAAUCCACAAAGGAGUUCAAACAGAACAAAUUAACAUUAAUCAUGUGAUGUCCGUCGGCGAUUGCAAAUUUAAAAAGCAAUUUUUUUUACGUGGCACUGUAGCAGAUCAGUUUGUUGAAUCAGCAGUAAUCCUGUCGUCAGUGGUUUCAGACUUUUUAAUCAUCAGCUUGCUGCUUUAAGAGUAGAACUUUUACACGUUGUCGCUAACCUGAAAUUAAUUCCAUGAAAUAAAUGGUGUUUAACUUUU